AUGUCCGUAUUUGAUGAAGUUUUUAGUGGUACCGCAUCCGAGGAGAGGAUAUAUCGAAUAGGUAAAGAAAUGAAUAUCGUCAGUUUUGGCACUUGUGCGUUGAAGUGUGGUACUACUGGAUCUCCAUUCUUCGUCAACACUGGACGGUUUUCUACCGGUGAAGCACAGGGAUUGCUGGGCGAAUUGAUUGCAUCUUAUUUAGUGAAGUCUGGGAUAGAAUUUGAUUUGGUUUAUGGCAUUCCUUACAAAGCGAUAUCACUUGCUUCUAUGACAGCAUCUAAAUAUUUUGAUAAAACUGGCAAGAAUGUGUAUUACGCGUAUCAUAGAAAAGAAGUUAAGGAUCAUGGAGAAGAAGGCGAUUUGGUUCUUGCUUUUGAUAAAAUUAAUCCUGGAGCUAAAGCAGUCAUGAUUGACGAUAUGUUCACUACUGGCACAUCCCUUAUAGAUGGUUUGGGGAAGAUCGCAGGUUUGGGCAUUAAUGUUGAACAUGUUAUAGUUAUUUUCAACAGAUACAAGAUCGAGGAAUCUAAUAAUGUUGAGAAGAUAAUUAAUAUAUUCAAGAAGAAUGAAACUAUAUUUAAGGAAAAGGGCAUUAAAAUACAUGUAAUGUUGGACUUGUCCAAGCUAUUAGAGCUGAUAAAGAGCUAA